CCCCAGCUAGCCCACCAGCUGCUCUCCACCAAGAGCUGCUCCCUACCUGGCCUUUGAUCCCAGCUCCAGAUCUGAUUCGCGGCGUCGUGCGUGCUCUCCUCGUUCUAGGGUGAAGAUGGCGAUCACGGUGAGGAGGUCGACGAUGGUGCGGCCGGCGGGGGAGACGCCUCGGCAGCGGCUGUGGAACUCGAACCUAGACCUCGUGGUGCCGCGGUUCCACACCCCGAGCGUCUACUUCUACCGCCGAGGCACCGAGGAGGGCGCGCCGGAGGGGUUCUUCGACGGGGAGAGGAUGCGGCGCGCGCUGGCCGAGGCGCUCGUGCUCUUCUACCCGAUGGCCGGGCGGCUCGCUCGCGACGAGGACGGGAGGGUCGAAAUCGACUGCAGCGGGGAGGGGGUGCUCUUCGUCGAGGCCGAUGCGACCGACGCCUCCGUCGACGAUUAUGGCGACUUCGCGCCCACCAUGGAGUUGAAACGCCUCAUCCCGACCGUUGAGUACACCGACGACAUCUCCUCCUUCCCGCUCCUCGUGCUCCAGGUGACCUACUUCAAGUGUGGAGGUGUCUCCCUUGGAGUUGGUAUGCAACACCAUGUGGCAGAUGGCAUGUCCGGUUUGCAUUUUAUUAACUCAUGGUCUGACCUAUGCCGGGGAAUUCAAAUUGCCGUCAUGCCCUUCAUUGACCGCACUCUCCUAAGAGCCCGAGAUCCACCAACUCCAUCAUACCCGCAUGUUGAGUACCAGCCUGCCCCAGCUAUGCUGUCUUCCAUGCCCCAAUCUGUUAUUGCUAAGACAACGACGCCUCCAACUGCUGUGGACAUUUUUAAGCUUAGCCGCUCAGACCUUGGCCGUCUACGCUCACAGCUCCCCUCAGGAGAAGGUGCACCGCGUUUCAGCACAUAUGCAGUGCUUGCUGCGCAUGUCUGGCGAUGCGUGUCUCUUGCACGUGGCCUGCCUACUGAACAGCCAACCAAGCUGUAUUGUGCCACUGAUGGGCGCCAAAGGUUGCAGCCUCCACUUCCAGAAGGUUACUUCGGCAAUGUCAUCUUCACUGCCACUCCACUUGCGGAGGCUGGCAAGGUGACCAGUGGACUGGCAGAUGGAGCAGCAGUCAUCCAAGAGGCGCUAGAUAGGAUGAAUGAUGACUACUGCCGCUCUGCGUUGGACUACCUGGAGCUGCAGCCUGAUUUAUCAGCAUUGGUCCGUGGAGCACACACUUUCCGGUGUCCUAACCUCGGACUCACUAGCUGGGUGCGCUUGCCAAUUCACGAUGCCGAUUUUGGAUGGGGACGACCUGUAUUCAUGGGCCCUGGUGGCAUCGCCUAUGAGGGGCUAGCGUUUGUCCUCCCAAGCGCGAACAAGGAUGGUAGCCUAUCCAUAGCCAUCUCAUUGCAGGCUGAGCACAUGGAGAAGUUCAGGAAGCUGAUCUUCGAGGUGUAAGCAGACUGCUUAAAUUAUGUCACAGAGAAGCUGUAGAGCUAGAGUUAUCAGGUAAACGACCUUCAAGCAUCGUCAUGUUGGCUAUUUAUUUGGCCAACAUUCCUGUACCACAGCUUUAGCACCUGUUGAGCUCAUUGUCUGGCCACAUUCCUGUACCUUUGCUUGCAAGGAUAUUUAUUUGGCCAUCAUCAUAGCCUUGUGACGAUGUGAACCACCAAUAAUGGGUUAUUUUUGUUUUCGUUUAAGAUAGAAAUCAACAAUGGAGAAAAUGUGCUGUAUUUUACAUGUCAUUUUUUCCUAGUUACCAAAAUACAUGACAAGUGGACUGA